AGAACAGAAGCCGUGGCGUAUUGAAAGAGGGCAGCCUUUUUUCCACACGCUGAAAAAAUGCGGACCCCUUGGCUACUUAUGUUGGCAAAUUUCGCCUCUUCUUUCUCCGUCUAUUUCUCAUGACCUCAAAUAUAAAAAGCAUGCUACUAAAACUAAUUUGGAAGUCAGAGUACAAUUUUAUCAUUUCAUUAUUGAUUUUGCCUACUCUCUCUUUCUCAUACAAAACUUAGAUUCUCCAACUUUGUUCUGCUUCAAAGAUGGAGGGAUCUCAAAAAUCUACCUUUCAAUAUGCUAGAGAAUGGAUUUCUGACAAUAAACUUCGCACCGUUGGAUCUUUGUGGCUAAGUGGAAUAACGGGAUCCGUGGCUUAUAAUUGGUCAAAACCCAACAUGAAAACCAGUGUCAGGCUCAUACACGCUAGGUUGCACGCACAGGCACUUACACUCGCCGCACUAGCUGGUGCUGCAGCAGUUGAGUAUUAUGAUCAUAAAACUACCAAAAAUGCCGAACGUUAUCCCAGAUUCAUCAACAUGAAUUCAUUUGAGCAGAAGAAAUGAACCAAGACAUAAAGCUUCAUCAUAUUAUAUAGACUAUUAAUGAUCAACAAUGUAUCUAACUAUCGUAAUUCGUAAACAUUAUUCUACUUUUGUAAAUUUUGUGGGGGUUACCUUUGUCAAAUUCUUUGUGAUAACGCAAGCCCUGUGCUAGCUUGCUCGCUUGUCUUUUAUAAUCGAAGUGUUAAUUAAGAAAUGUCAAAAUAUAUAUAGUAUUGUUUUUUAUGGCUA